AUGUCUAAACCUAGCAUCGAGUGCCAGUAUUUCGAGCAUGUGCCUGAGCACAGCGUAGCGGCAUGCAGAGAGUGCAGAUAUGCAGUAUGGCCAGAUCAGAUUGAGGGCCAUCUACAGAAGCAGCAUAAGGUUAGUUACAAGGAGGCUGAGGCAGUUGGACAGCAGGUUCGCAGCUGGGCUGGGUUAGUCCAGUACCCUACAAGAAGUAAGGAGGCUAUACGAAAGCAUUGGCGUAAGGACCAUCAAGGAUGGUCAGCAGGGAAGAAGCGAGGGCGGCCAAGUCGAACCAGGCAGAAGAGCGUGCAGGCACAUAUGGAUAAGGGGUACCGGCUGGUCCAUUGCCAGCGAUUAUUCAGCAGCCGGCAUGGAUCGCAGUACUUUGAGGUCCAGGCACCCAGCCAGGAUGGAGAAGGCCCCGAAAUCGUGCCCGUAGACGGGGCAGCAGCAUGGGCGCGAGUGGGCGAGCAGAUGGCCAAGGCGUGGGCAGACAUCGAGAAGCGGGCGCAGACGACGAUCCAGGAGGGCGAGCGCGACGAGGUGAACCCAUGGCUGGAGCGGACGCAGUGGUUGCCGUACCUAGUGGGCAUGGAGAGGCCGGAUUUGUUAGCGUGCAUCGAGGAGCCCGUGGCAGAGCCAGAUGCCAGGCAGGAGCAGCAGGCCGAGCCGGUGGAAGCAGCGAUUUGGGCAGCCAUGGAUGGAUUGGCGCGGUUCAGCCAGGCAUCCAUUAUUGACCGGAUUGGCGUGUUUAUACGGUUGGAGGCAAUUCGCACAGAGAUGCACCAAACCCGGUUCCAGCCGUUACAGCCGUAUAUGGACAAGAACGCCAUUGUCAAGCACACACGACCGUGGCAGCAGAUGUUAAUGUUUUUUGCACGCACACAGAAAGAGCACGGGUGGAAGAGCCCCAAGUAUCGGUUUACGCGCCGGCAGCGAGAGGCAUGGGAGGUGUUAAUCGAACAGGCAAAGCGGAGCAUAGAGGGAGACGAAGAAGAUGAAGCCGAGGAUAUGGACGAAGAGAGAGAAGAGCUGGACGAGGAGAUGAUGGACGACAUAGACGAGGCGAUAGAGGUAGCUGAGGAAGAGCCAGGUCAGGGAGAAGGCCCCGAGCCUAAGAAGUUGUCUAAGAUACAGAAAGCGUGUUUGGAGUUUUGCAUUGCAUUACUUAACCACCGCAUCACCCGUAGAGAGUAUGACAGCCCGCUGGUGUGCGCGUUGGCGGUGCUGGGCGUCAAGGAGGACGGAUGGAAGGGGCCGGAGCAGUACCCGCCGAUAUUAUCGGCGGUGAUCAAGAUCGCUCGGUUUAUGGUCGUGCAGAAGGGACUAGAAAUGUCAGGGCCCGAGGAGGAUAGCGGCGAUGAGACAGACGACGACUUAGAUGACAGCGCGUACGAGAGCGGGCCAAGCCAGCGACGGCGUCCCAAGGGGUGUUUGCAGUUAGUGCAGAAGAUGAUGGACCGGUUCAUGGUGCGCGGCAGCCAUAGCCCCAUGCAGUGGAUGUUGGAUUUGCGGACGUAUGGAUUGAAGAUCCAUUACAACACUACAACCCGCGGGCAUGUAGAGUGGACGAACGGCGACGAGCUGCUGUACAAAGAGCUGCAUUUUAGCAUGGCGCAGUUCCGCGGCAUGGUACAUGGGCUGGCUAGCGAGAGCCGGCGAUUAUUAACAGAGGAGUUAAUGUUUAGCAGCAAGGCAGCGCCGGUGCCGGCAGUGCCAUGGGAGAGCAUACGUGACAACCCAACCGACGAGCGGCCAGGAUGGAACUUUUUGAAGGAUCAUCGCACAAACAUGCCCGUCAACGGCGAGAGGUGGUUAUUUGAGCGGGUAGGCGAGAGCGCCAGCAUCCGGAGUCGGUUCAUGAAGCCCGGGACGCAGUCAGGGGUAGACCGACAGGCAAUAGAGCGAUACAUGGACCGGGUGGUAGAAUUUCGCGAGAAGCUGGCGGUGUUAAUGCAUAUAACGGGUGGGCAGCCAGCGCGAGGGCCAGAGCUACUGAGCGUACGGCAUAGCAACACAGUGCAAGGGGGGCAUCGCAAUAUAUUCAUCGAGGACGGCAUGGUGGUGUUUGUGACACGGUACCACAAGGGAUACAAAGUCAGCGGCGACGUCAAGAUUAUCCAUCGAUAUUUGCCGCGCGAGGUGGGCGAGCUGGUAGUGUGGUAUAUGUGGCUGGUGUUGCCGUUCCAGCAGCGGCUCGAGGCGUUGGUGUGGGAGAAGGAGGCAGUUUCGUCGCAUAUGUGGCCAGCAGACCCCAGCGGCCGCAAGUGGACGACCGAUCGGCUGCGGGAGGCGUUGAAGCGCGAGAGCCGGAUCGCGAUGGGCCAGGAGUGGACGUUUGCCGGGUACCGGGAGAUGGCGAUUGGCAUCAGCCGGCGGUUUUUGCGUGGAUCGACAGCGUUCCAGGCAGAUGAGGGCGAGGAGAAUAAGGAGUGGGCUGAGGAGCAGGCAGGAGAUUCGAUUGCCGACGAGCAGGCGGGCCAUACGUCGCACGUGGCGGGACUGGUAUACGCGCGAGGGAUCAUGGAGCAGUCAGGGGCCGUGGCGGAUAGGCGGCAGCAGUUCCGGGCAUCGAGCACGGAUUGGCAUAGAUUUUUGGGCUUCCAGGCAGGCUUGGACGACCAGAGAAGAAGCAGCAAGCGGAAGAGAGCGCCGUUUGAGAGCGAGGCAGACGAGGCAAGGGUGGAUCGGUGGCAGCGGCUGAGGAAGAUGGACGCGAGAGCGCAGCUGAAGCGCAUGAUGGGCGAGGAGGCCAAGUUCCGGGGGGUGCAGGAGGCAGCGAUCAAAGCCAUCACAGCAGGCGAGAGUCCCGUAGUAGCGGUGAUGCCGACGGGGGCAGGCAAGAGCUUGUUGUUCAUGUUGCCGGCGUGGGCAGAGCAGGGCGGCACGACGGUGGUGGUAGUGCCGUUGAUCGCGUUGCGUGGCGACAUGGCACAGCGGUGCAAGAAGCUAGGGAUAUCGUGCGUAGAGUGGCAGAGUCGGCGUCCGCCAGACGCAGCAGCGGUGGUGUUAGUGACGCCCGAGUCGGCAGUUGGAGAGGAAUUUGCAACGUUUUUAAACCGGCUACGAGCGACGCGGCAGCUAGAUCGGAUUAUUAUCGACGAGUGCCAUAUCGUGUUAAACCGGCAGUACACGUUCCGCAAGCAGAUGCAGCAGCUAGGUAAGCUAGUGGCUGUAGAGACGCAGAUGGUCAUGUUAACAGCAACGUUGCCACCCAGCGAGGAGGACGAGUUAUUCCGGCGAAUGCAUUUUGAGCGUGGGCAGGUAAGAAUGUUUAGGGCACCAACAGCACGGAGCAACAUAGCGUACCGGGUGGUAAGGGUAGAGAAGGAGAGGAAGAGACAGGAGGUAGAGGCAACGGUGUUGGCGAUGGUACAGCAGAAGGUCCGAAAGUAUAAGAGCGGCAAGAUUGUAGUGUACGGCAACUCAGUGCCAAAGGUCAAGGGGUUAGCCGAGAAGCUCAAGUGCCAUGCGUAUCAUCACCACGCGGUUGGCAAGGCAAGCAUGUUGGAGGAGUUCAUGGGCGGCAAGCAGCGGGUGAUUGUGGCAACCAGCGCGUUGGGCAUGGGAGUGGACGUGCCCGAUAUCCGGUGCAUUGUCCACAUGGAUUGGCCGUUUAGCGUGUUGGAUUACGCGCAGGAGAGCGGGCGAGCCGGGCGAGACGGGGAGCGGAGCGAGGCCAUCAUGAUGGUGCAGGACGGCGAGCAGCGAGCGGCGGAUGACAAGCAGGGGGAGGCGGAGCAGCGGUUGGUGCGAGCAUACGUCGAAGGCAUAGACGAGGCGGCGACAUGUAGACGGGUAAUGUUGGACGGGUAUUUAGACAGGCGCGAGGCCGAGCGAGCUCGGUGCGAGGAGGGAGAGGAGAGGUGUGACGUAUGCAUGAGAGCCGACGGGGAGGAGAUGGAGGAGGAGGAGAUGGAGGAGGAGGAGAUGGAGGAGGAGAUGGAGGAGGAGAUGGAGGAGGAGAUGGAAGAGAUGGAGGAGGUGGAGGAGGUGGAGGAGGUGGAGGAGAUGGAGGUGGUGGAGGUGGCCGAGGGCGGCAGCAGCAACGAAGAAGAGGCGGAGACAUUGGAGAGGGAGCAAGAAGAGGCGCGGCAGGCGUUUAAUCAGCAGCAACGAGAGCAAGGCGGCCCGCGACAGAGAUUGAUACAGCAGCGGCAGCAGGAGUUCGCCGACGUCGAGUGGCUGCGUAGGCAGCUGGCGCAAUGGAUAAACCGGUUUUUGGGCGAUAUCAGAGAGUCCAAGACGGGGAUUGCCAGUAUAGAGGGGUAUUAA